UUGAUCUUGGAGAGAGAGACUGUAGGUCGAUAGAAAGCUGAACAAGAGGAAGGAAAAGAGAGAAGGAGGUGUGGUUUAUUAAAGUUCAUGCGAUUUCUCACAUCUGGAAAACGACAGCAAUCUCUGGAAAUAUAUUUACAAAUUCCACACACAGAAAAGCUUUCAUAAAUAGAUCCUAGCGGUCUGAAGAUGGCAGUGUUGAGGGCUCUGUGGUUCACAGCUCUGCUGCUGCAGGACUGCGGAAUCCUUCUGAGUGCUGGAUCUGAGGCCGUCAGCUGUCCCGCACUGGCUGGAGUCCCAGGUUCUCCUGGACACAAUGGCCUUCCGGGAAGAGAUGGUAGAGAUGGACAUCCAGGCCCUAAAGGAGACAAGGGAGAGCAGAGUGUGUGUGUGGGACCACAAGGACAGACAGGAGGGCCAGAUUUAUUGAGUACAAUUCUACAGGAAGAAGUCAACAAGAUCAAACAACAACUUAAUGUGUUGCUGACAGAUAUCAAGACCAAAGUGGCAUUCUCAGCCACACUGUAUACGACUGGCUUGCCUAAAAAUAUCGGACCAAACACCAAACGUGUGACUCUAGUGUACGAAACCGCUUUCACGAACAUCGGCAAUGCAUACAACACCAAAACAGGUAUUUUCACAGCACCUGUGAAAGGAGUAUACUACUUCAUUUUCGUCCUCUUCAACCCACAUAACCUGUCAACCGCCGUGGCUCUGAUGAAGAACGGAGAAAGCAUAGUUCUUGCCUCUGAUAAUGAGCCUGGAGCCGACACAGAGGACACAGCAACAAACUCGGUCUCACUGCUGCUCGAGGAAGGAGACCGGGUCUACAUAGAGCUCUUGGAGAACCGGAAGGUUUACACAGACGGAAACAAACGCAACACGUUCAGUGGCCAUCUCCUCUUUACCAUGUAAACAUCCUGCUGGUGAUGGAGAGCUGUUUCAUCUGGUCAUUACUAGUUUUUAAUAUUGGAAACACAUCCAUGAAGUGUGUUAUAUCUCAUUACUUUAAAAUAGUCAUGUCAUUACUGUAGAUUAUUGCUUCAUUAUCUGGCUUUAACACACUGUUCAAUUAUGUAUUAUGUAGUUAUUUUGAAAUAUUAUAUCAUUAUUUCAACUAAAAAACAAAUGUGUUUCAUGUGGCAUGUGAUUACUGUAAAGAUUCUAAUCAUUCAUUAUAAUGCGGAUUAUAUAAUAAUAAUAAUUAUUUCAGUCUAUGUACCUCAUUAUUUUGACUUAACAUGCCUCAGUCUAUGGAUCAGUCUGAUUUGCUGAACAUUAGCUCUGAUUAUUAUGGGCCUUCAUUAGUGUAAGAGUCAAAAACCUCGAUCAGGAUCAUGUGGGAUAUUGCAGAUAAAUAACACACUCUUUACAAUAAACCUGCCUUCAGUUUAUU